AUGCGUUCCAAGCCACAUAAUGUUCCAGGCCCGGGUGAUAACAGAAUUGAUGAUGUGCUGUGGAUUUUCGUUAAUUUUUUCAAUGCCCAGCACAAGUCAGAUCCUGGAAUGGGACUACGACUUUGCCUGAAAAAGUUUGCCACAUUUGCCAAGCUUGCUUUCGUGCUAUUACCCACGUUAGGAGCAACUCAGGUUCCGCUCAACAUGCAACUCCACGCCUGGAUUUACCCAGGUAGCCCAGCUCUCAAUGCCCCGGACACUUAUCGCUCCGUUCGCAUCCAUGUCCUGCGCCCGCAAUACUUUACACUACAACCAAACGGAAUUCUUAAGCUGGAUAAAGAGGAUCCCGAUGACCUUUUUGACACAAAGAACGGAUUCAGUCUGACCAACGUUGCCGACAUCAAAGCGCACUCUGAUGAGCAAUUGGUGACUGUAUCAUGCCAGCUGGACGCAUUUCGUGCAGUGUACACGGACAUUGAAAAGCGAAAUGCUUUUAUUUUGACUUUGGUGGACUUUUGCAAUGAGUAUGGAUUGACCGGAAUUGAUCUCGAUUUGGAGGCAUUCAGUAAAUGGUCAGAUGCAGACUAUGCGAAUUACAAAUCCCUCGUCAGUGAUCUGGGUAUGCUUUUGCAAUCGCACAAUCGAAAAUUGAGCGUUUGUGGGCCUACGGAUUAUGACCCCUCCAAUCAAAACUACCGUUGGCGUUAUGAAGACUUCAUAAACCUCCCCGUUGACUACAUUACGCCCAUGUGCUAUGACUACCAAUGGCUUGACGAAGUCGGGGCACCCAUUGCGCCCCUCAAAUGGAUACAUGUCUGGACACAAUAUCUUCUUUCGCUGGGUAUAUCUACGGGCCGCCUUGUGAUUGGGCUUCCAUCCUAUAGCUAUCGAGUUAACAAACAUAAUGGAACCGUAACGCUGACAACGCUGGAGGUCGCUAAAGCAUUAGGCGUUUAUGAUCCGAAUCGGCGCGAGGCAACAUCUGCAGAGAUCAUGGUUGAUGAUGCCCAAGGCGACAAAUGGGUGAUUUCGGAUAAUGUAAGCUUGAGAGAAAAAGUACAAGCGGCUCACAUGGCUGGUGCAUCCAAGAUUAGCGUAUGGCACUUGGGUGGAAAUGAAUGGUUUUGAACGGGACAGAUGUGAUUGAGUUAUCUAUAUAAUACCUAAUACAUGCAA